UUGCUUCGAUAUUUUGCUCGCCAUCUUGAUCAAACGACAAGUCCCCGGCUUGUACACAUUGGUACUCGUGGAGAGGCGCAUCACGUUGACUUGAAGGAGCCGAUGAAAGACCUCUCGGAGCGAGAACUGCUCCAAGACACGGGAGACGCCGCGGACGACCAUGUCAAAGCCGGUGCUCAAUAUACGUCCCAACCCAUUGUGCGCGUCGCGUGCUUAUUCGGACUGCUGCUUCUGGUGUCUCUCGCUGCCAUGUAUGCCGUGCUAGGCGAUUGCGAGCCACUGAGUGAGCCACUCAACAAGACACUGAACGAGCCACUCAACGAGCCACUCAACGACACGACACCACUCUUCAUAACGUUGGGCGAUUCGAUCACACAGAUUGGUGCCCACCCACGCUUGAUGGGGUACCAGGUCAUGCUCACCAACACAUAUGUCCGCAAGGCCGACGUUGUCAACCGCGGCGCGGCGGGUACUACGACAAAGUGGUGGCUGGUCAAACUCCCGUCGCUACUUCGAGACUGGAAACUGAAGCCGCCGACGCUUCUCUCGAUCUUCCUCGGUGUCAACGACGCCUCGCUCAUCAAUGGCGUGGAUCGGGGGCUGCACGUGCCGCUUGACGAGUUUACUGCCAACCUGUACACCAUGAUCGCGUCCAUCAACGAGGCGUUUCCCAAGUGCAAGAUCCUCCUCAUCGCUGCGAGCGCCGUUGACGAAACCUCGUCAUGGCGCACCGGUCGAUCGAAUGCCGAAGUGUCCAAAUACACAAAUGCAACGAUCAACGUGGCGCGUCACUUGCAACUGCCAGUCAUCGAUCUCUUUACGCCGACGUUCAACGACCUCUCGCUUUUCUACGACGGACUGCACCUCAACAGCCGCGGCAACAUCAUUCUCCACGACCUCUUCGUCGAUACCGUGCGCCAGUCGUAUCCUGACUUGGACCCUGAAACCUUGCCAGCCGCUUACUAGGUGCUAGUAGGUCGUAAAGACGAUCACAAAUAACUAUCACAGAACCCUGGAUGCGCAGUUUAUUGGUUGAGCGAAUACCCAUUCAUUCCGCGC